AUGAUGCCACAGGAGGCUUCACAGCAUACAGCCGCGCAUUUCCAUCCGUAUGGUCGUGAGAUGGAGAAUGACUUUAAAUUGUUGGCAAUGAACGCCACUGCUUUUGUUCCAGGCAGUGUCGAACGGCUUCGUGCAUCUUGUUGGAUGUCAGAUGGUGAGCGUUUCGUGGAUGUGGUUGAUACCGCAAAUAUCACGCCAAUUUUACAUCCGUGGUGGCGACGUCAGGUGGAUGGCCCCAUACCGUCUUCUGUCUUUUAUUCUUCGGUACGGGCGGCACCUUUGGCGUUUCCACGUGCUGCACAAACUUCUUCUCUUCUUUAUAGUGCAGAUGGUGCUGUUGGUGAUGCAGACAGACAUGAAUAUCACCAUCGUGACAAUACUGCACUGCAGCGGUUUUGGACGACCCAAGAAAACGCCACCGGCGGGAAUGUUCAAAGAGCACCGGAGACUCAGCAGCUCGCCACGGCGUGGUACCAGUUGAAUUACGGCAUACCGGUAUCGUCAGGAGUUUUGGAGCAGCCGUAUAAUAUCAUUGAGGGGGCAGACGCGCCUUUGGCUGUGCCGGUUGCGAGGCCCUUGCCGGAGAGGGCGACUGCUCCUGCCGUGUCCAUGCGUGAUGCGGAUCUUGUGGUCGACAGCCCUGCGCCGCUGGAGGACACGAGUGGCGGGAUUCGCGAGGAGCUGCUGGCGUUGUGCCGACGUUUAGAUGCGGUAGAAGCCGCGUGCUGCCUUCACUCAUCCAGAAGCGCCAGGCGGGGAGCAGAGGUGACACCAAUACCACCGCAACUGUCAUCGGUGGAAGAAGCCGCUGCGCCGGUGGCACCCGUAACGGUUUCUCCUUUGGCCUCUCCAUCACCGCCACGUUUGCGUGAAUCGUCCUCUGGUGUCACAUUGGAGCGCCUUAUGAAUGCUGUGCGCCGAGCCCGCGAGCGGGCGAAGGAACAGGAACAGCACCGGCAGCUGGGCUCGAUGUCGUCUGCUUUGCUCAAUGCAGAUGCGUCAUUUUCUGCAUUGAAGACAACCGAAGACGGCACACCAGAGAAAGGGUCACAGAGGACGUAG